AUGGGUUCCACAGAAGUAGCUACUAAGCCACAUGCUGUUUGCAUUCCAGUUCCUGCUCAAAGUCAUAUAAAGGCAAUGCUUAAAUUUGCAAAGCUCCUCCACCACAGAGGUUUUCAUAUAACCUUUGUUAACACAGAGUUCAAUCACAAGCGCUUUCUUAAAUCUCUAGGACCCAAUGCCCUUGAUGGCUUGCCUGAUUUUCAAUUCGAAGCCAUCCCGGAUAGCCUUCCGGAUUCAGAUGAAGAUGCCACACAAGAUGUCACCUUGCUUUGUGCAUCCGUCAGAAAACAAAAUUUCUUGGCUCCCUUUCUUGCCCUCCUUGCAAAACUCAACAAUGAUGCCAUAUCAAUAUCCACCAAUCCUCCUGUGACUUGCAUAGUUUCAGAUGGUUUCAUGUCCACGUUCACAAUCACAGCUGCUGAAGAAAUCGGAGUCCCUAUAGCGCUGUUCUACACUAUAGCUGCCUGCAGCUUCAUGGGAUGUAAACAACUUCGCGCCGUGGUCGAAAUGGACUUGCUCCACUCAAAGAUGAGAGCUGUUUCACAAAUGGCUAUCUGGACACCGUAA